CUCAACAGUCGUCACUUAUUUGCGUGUAAUUUCAGAGAAAAUACGACGAGGGACGAUUAAAGCUUAAUACUAAAUACUACAGACGGAGGUAAAUUCGUGUUACAGCAAUUAUAACCCCAAGUAACCUUGAUAGUACGAGAAGGAGAUUUUUUUUACUAUGAAUGAAAACGAAUAAAACAUCACUGAUGUAUGGGGAUAAGAAAACGCAUUUAAAGGCCGUGUAGCCACAACUUCGCAUUGAGGAGGUAAUGUCCCUCCUGAUACGCCGUAGCCACGCAUGGCUGGCAGGGAUCAUGUUGAAGGUGACAGGUAGAGUCGUUAUGGCCGGAGCCUUCACCUUGUGGCCAGCCACCGUCUUGGCCGCUGGCGGUGACGGAAAGAAACAGGCAGCGCCGCUCAAACGGGAUGACCUUUCUCUGUACCGCGCCCCACGCCAGGCGAAAACAGCGUCCGAGGAGCCCGAAGCGGGUCAACUGGAGAAAAGUGUCGCCAACCUCCGGAAGGUGGUGGAGCCGUACACGGCUUGGUGUCGGACCACUUACGGUCAACUCGAACCGAAGGUCCAAAGUGUGGUCCAGUGUGGUCGUGACACCCUCACGUUUCUCAAAGACCCACCGGGGGACGUCUUGGCCCGGGCUGGCAUCAUCGGCUUCACCGGCGUCCUAGGGCUGCUUUUCGCAAGACGCUCCCGGGUGAAAAAGCUCAUCUAUCCGGCUGGUCUGAUGGCAGCCACUGCCUCCAUGUACUACCCGGACCGGGCCGCAGCCAUCGCCAAGUCCACCGGGGACACCCUGUAUGACGGCGCCGUGCACAGUUAUGCUGCCGUGGAGAAGCUCCUCAAGCCAACCAAGAAGGCCGAGGGCGGCAGUGAUUCAACGGGGAAAAGCUGAGGGUGUGGAGGGCUCCAGCAGGACACCAGCAGCUCUAUUUCACAAUCACAAGUGUUACUAAAACUGUGUGCAUGUUAUGCACCCUUUACCACGAUGACAACUCAGGCUGGACAUGGCUUCUUAUUUGAAUGUAUAUUUAUGCAGAAAAUUAAAUAAAGAAAAUGUCGCGAAUUCUAGCCGUAAUUACAUACUGUAGUGUUCAACUAUGGCUGGCAUGCAGCAAUAUAAGUGUUUGCAAUUACAACGUAUUUGAUACUGACCUGUUUUUAUCAGUACAUACCAAAAUGACCCAAUGACACCAAAUUAAAGCAGGGUCCACAAAGUAUUUUCUCCUUAAGUUUUUGUUUAACAAAUGACUGCAAAGAAGGGACAACAUUUGGAUGGGAAUGGACAGGGGAAUAUCAUUUAUUCAUCUCGAGGGGGGAAAAAAAGAAGCAGCUCCUCAGAGCAGCACCAGCUUCUCGUUGAGAGCGAUCUGUGCUUGGGUGAGGUUGGACAGGUAGGUCACCAUCAGAAGGUCCUGCAAGACACGGCAUUGUAAGAAAUAUUC